UUCAGGCCUUCCAGCCUCGUCCCCAACCCUGUUCCACGUGUCCUUUCGACUGGAUCAGCUACAGAGGACAAUGCUUCCACUUUGGAGAAGCUGAGGGCAACUGGACAACUGGCCAGGACCACUGCCAGGCCCUUGGGGCCACCUUGGCCUCGCUCAGGAGCACAGAGGACCUG